AUGAGAAUGGAUGACAGUCUUUAAGAAAUAGACAAACAGAAAAAGUUUGGUUAUAUUUACUUUUCUAAUUGUUGAUACGCUUAUUAAAUUUAUAUGUAAAAUAUGAAACAAAGACAUCUGCUACAAUUAUACUCUCGAGUUUUUGCAAAUUACGGUCAGGCAAGAAAUUUUACUACUAACGUAGAUACAUUCGAUCAUGAUUUUAAAGAACAUCACGUUUCUAUAAAUUCCUUUCAAAGACUGCUUCUCACAGCAGGUUCUGCUGCGGUUUCACUUGUAAACCCAUAUCGAGCAGACAUGAUAGCCUGUUUAGGGGAAACUUCCGGAGAACAUGCUUUACGAUACAUGCUAAGAAAAAUGGAAGAAUCAAAAGAAGGAACAGAAAUACUGAACGAUAGACCUAGGAUAAACACAAGUACUGUCGAUUUAAAAUAUUUGAAGAAAUUACCGGAAGGCACACUUGGGAGAACAUACUAUAAUUUCUUGGUUAAAAAUCAGGUCACACCCGAUUCUAGGAUGACCGUACAAUUUAUCGACGACAUAAAACUGGCGUACGUCAUACAACGAUACAGAGAAGCUCACGAUUUAAUCCAUACUGUAUUGCAAAUGCCAACACAUAUGCUCGGUGAGGUUACCGUUAAAUGGGUGGAGGCAAUUCAAACUAAGUUACCCAUGUGCAUCGGAGGUGCUAUUUUCGGUCCUAUCAGGUUGAAACCCAAGCAUAGGCAGCUCUAUAGGAAUUACUAUUUACCGUGGGCUCUUAAGACUGGAAUCGAAGGGAAAUUUUUGUUAAACGUAUAUUUCGAGAAAAGAUGGGAGCAGUCACUUUCCGAGUUCUAUGAGGAAAUGAAUAUACGACCUCUUGAAAUUAAGCAAAGUCCAAAGAAAAGCAAAACAGUGUAAAUAUUUUAUGUAAUUUAUUUGUACGUUUUGUAAAUAUGUAUAUAAUAAAGUGUAUAUUUGUGGA